AUGGCGGAAGACAAGAAAAACCGAUGCAAUCAUCAUCAUCAUCGUUGCACGGAUAACGUACGAGAAAUAAACAAAGAGCAAUUUGCCGUUUUAUGGACUCUUUUCGUAUUAAUCGUCGUCGGUAAUUCGACCGUUUUAAUUGCAUUGUUUUUGGAUCAGAAAAGAAAAUCGAGAAUGAAUUUUUUCAUCAUGCAAUUGGCAUUGGCCGAUUUAACGGUUGGAAUUUUUUACGUAUUAACGGAUAUAAUAUGGAGAAUGACGGUCACGUGGCACGCCGGCAAUCUCGGAUGUAAAAUGAUAAGAUUUCUACAAGCUGUCGUUAUAUAUUCAUCAACAUAUGUUCUCGUUGCGUUGAGCAUAGACAGAUACGAUGCCAUAACACAUCCGAUGAAUUUUUCAGGAAGUUCAAGAAGAGCUCGAGUUUUGGUGAUACUCGCAUGGAGUUUCAGCAUACUUUUCUCGAUACCCAUGAUAAUACUCUACAAGGAAAGAUACAUUCAAGCUCGCGUCCAGUGCUGGAUAGAAUUCGACGAACCUUGGCAAUGGCAAAUAUACAUGACACUAAUUUCCAUCGUAUUAUUUUUUUUACCCGCCAUAAUUAUAUCCGCUUGUUACACGAUCAUCGUUUUUACAAUUUGGAGCAAAGGAAAACUUUUGACUCAUUCGUCGACAAUGAGAAAUGACGAUUUGGACGGAAGAAGAGCAAGUUCCAGAGGACUUAUACCGAGAGCGAAAAUAAAAACGGUUAAAAUGACGUUUUCGGCGGUGAUUUUGAAUUUUUACAAUGAUUAUCCGUAUUUCAUAUUCGAUUUACUUCAAGUUUUCGAAUAUUUGCCGAGAACGCAAACGACGGUCGCAACGGCAACACUCAUACAGAGUUUGGCUCCACUCAAUUCCGCGGCAAAUCCAUUGAUAUACUGCGCAUUUUCAAACAGGCUUUGCAGAACUCUCAGGUAA